AGAAACUGAAACAGUCAGGAUGCCGGCUUGGAGUGAGAUGAGUCACUGCUGAACGCACCUGCAGUAGCCGAGCAGUGGCAGCAGAGAGGCAGACGUGAGCCCAGGGCGCAGAGGCAGGCAGACUCACCGAUGCCCCUCUCUCCGGCAUCUCCGAGGGUCCUCGAGGAACAUGGCUGGCAGCCGUGAGGCAGUGGCUAUGGAUUGCGAGAUGGUGGGUCUGGGGCGCCAGCGGGAGAGCGGACUGGCUCGAUGCAGCCUUGUGAACUACUAUGGUCACGUGCUCUACGACAAAUUCAUCCGGCCCGAGGGGGAGAUCACCGAUUACAGAACCCGGGUCAGUGGGGUCACCCCUGUGCACAUGGUGGGAGCCACACCGUUUGCCGUGGCCAGGCUAGAGAUCCUGCAGCUCCUGAGAGGCAAGCUGGUGGUGGGUCAUGACCUGAAGCACGACUUCAAGGCGCUGAAGGAGAACAUGGAGGACUACGCCAUCUACGACACGUCCACCGACAGGCUGCUGUGGCACGAGGCCAAGCUAGACUACUGCCAACGCAUCUCCCUGCGGGUACUGUGUGAACGCCUCCUGCACAAGAGCAUCCAGAACAGCCGGCAUGGCCACAGCUCCGUGGAGGAUGCCAGGGCCACGAUGGAGCUUUACCAGCUCUCCCAGCGAAUCCGGAGCCGCGGAGGGCUGUCCCGCCUGGCAUUGUCAAACUGAAGCUCCUCCCACCUG